GAGAUCGAGAGGCUGACGGGGCAGGGCGUCGCGAUCACGCCGGACACCCUCAAGAUUGCCGAGAACGCGGCGCUGAUUCUGCCUCUGCAUGGGGCCGUCGACCGGGCGCGCGAGGCGCGGCGCGGCGAUGACCGGAUCGGCACCACCGGUCGCGGCAUCGGCCCGGCCUACGAGGACAAGGUCGGUCGCCGGGCGAUCCGGAUUUGCGAUCUCUCCGACCGGGAUUUGCUCGCCAAGCGCGUCAAUUCCCUGCUGGUCCACCACAAUGCUCUGUUCCGGGGGCUGGACUUGCCCGAGGUGGAGGCCGACGAUCUGAUCGAGCAGCUUCACGCCAUCGCCCCCAAGAUCCAGCCCUACGCGGACCGUGUCUGGCAGCGCCUGGACGAGGCGCGGCGUCAGGGGAAGCGGAUUCUCUUCGAGGGCGCUCAGGGCGCCAUGCUCGACGUCGAUCACGGGACCUAUCCCUUCGUGACGUCCUCGAACACUCUGGGCGGUCAGGCCGCCGCCGGGUCCGGAGUCGCGCCUGGAUCCCUCGGUAUGGUUCUCGGGAUUACAAAGGCUUACACGACGAGAGUCGGCAGCGGGCCCUUCCCGACGGAGCUGGACGACGAGAUCGGCCGGCGGCUCGGCGAGCGUGGGCAUGAGUUCGGAACCGUGACGGGGCGGGCCCGGCGCUGCGGCUGGUUCGACGCCGUCAUGGUGCGUCAGGCCGUCACGAUCGGCGGCAUCGAUGGGAUCGCCCUGACCAAGCUCGACGUGCUCGACGGUUUCGAGCAGCUGCAGGUCUGUACCGGCUAUCGGAUCGACGGGGCCCUGCUUGACCACCUGCCGGCCCAACCGGCGCUGCAGGCCCGAGCCGAGCCGGUCUACGAGCGGUUCGAAGGCUGGUCCGAUUCCACUCAAGGCGCCCGCUCCUGGGCCGAUUUGCCGGCAACGGCGGUGAAGUACAUCCGCCGUAUCGAGGAGUUGAUCGCGGCGCCGGUGGCCUUGCUGUCCACCUCUCCCGAGCGUGACGACACGAUUCUGGCGCCGUCCGAACGGCCCUCUUCGUUCAUUUCGAGCCGAGACCAGAUGGCAACGAGCCCCGCGAGCCCAAACGGCGAGACGAUCGCGCUCAACCAGUCUAUCGACUUGCUGCCCGGCGAGCGGCUUCCCGAGUUCGAUUCGCCGCAGGCCGAGGCGUAUGGCGCGCGCGAGCGUCAGACCGGCAAUCCCUUGAUGGUCUUGAUCGCCCGGCCCGACUUGGCGCCGCGCCGCGACGUGAUGGGCAAGUUGGUCCGGCAAGAGCGGCUGUCCAUGCUGUCUGCGCUCAGCUGGGGUAUUGCCGACUGGCCACCGGCCGGCGGCCAGCGCUUCGUCGCCGUUUUUCCGCGUCCGCGCGGCCGCAGACUGCAGCCGGAACCCGGUGCGCGUUUCGAACCUUGGCGCGAGGAUGAAAUUCUUCGCCGGCUGAUCGAACCGGUCACGCCGGUUCUGCGCGACCUGGAAGCGCGCAGCAUCACCCAUCGCGCGAUCCGGGCGGACAACAUCUUCCUCGAAGGCUCGGCGGAGGGCACCUGCAUGCUCGGCGAAUGCGUCAUGGCGCCGCCGGCCAUGGACCAGCCGGCGAUCUACGAGCCGAUCGAGGGCAUGCUGGCCUUGCCCGGCGGACGGGGGCGCGGCUUCGCCGCGGACGACCUCUACGCUCUGGGGGUGACGAUCGCCGUCCUGCUAGCCGGCGGCGAUCCUGUCGAAGGCCUGGACGAACAGGCACGGAUCGAAUCGAAGAUCCACCGCGGGUCCUACGCGACGCUGAUCGGUCGAACCCGCCUGUCGCUGCCGAUGAUGGAGGUCCUGAGAGGACUGCUUUGCGAUCAACGGGUCGAGCGCUGGACGCUGCACGAUCUGGAGCUCUGGCUCGGCGGCCGCCGGCUAAGCCCGAAGCAGCCGAGUCUGCCGAUCCGGGGGCAGCGCCCCUACUCGGUCGAGGGAACGAGCCAUUGGUCGGCGCGUGCGGUGGCCGCAGCGCUCGGCCUCAACUGGGAGGCCGGUGUCGCAGCCCUGAAACGCAACGAUCUCGCCACCUGGGUCCGCCGUUCCCUCUCGGACGAAGAGCUGGCCGAGCGCGUCGCCUCGGCGGGCGGGGUGGGGGCUGGCGCCUCCAGAGGCGGCGGCGGGCUGCGGGAUCGUCUGGUCUCGCGCAUCCUUAUGACGCUCGACCCCUCCGCGCCGGUUCGUCUGCGCGGCUUCGCGGCCGACAUCGACGCUGUCGGUCAGGCCGUCAGCGUCCACUACGACGAUCCCGCGUUGCGGCAGGCCUUCGGCGAGCUGGUCCAAGCGAAGCUGCCACAGGCCUGGCUGGACUCUCAGCUGCUCAGCCGGUCCGAGCAUGGCAUGCUGCGCAAAUCGUUCGACGUGAUGCAUCACUUCAUGUCGCGUAGCGAGGCAGGCUGCGGAAUCGAGCGAUGUCUUUACGAAUACAACGAGCACCUGCCCUGUCUCUCGCCGAACCUGCAGGGCGACUACGUCUCCGAAAGUGCCGAUCUGCUGCCGGCACUGGAGCGCGUCGCCGCCAGUGGCACGCUACCGAAUUCGCCGAUCGACCGGCAUAUCGCCGCCUUUGCCUGCGCCCGCGUCAAGGGCAUUCCGGAUCGCCUGCUGCGAACCAUGGCGGACGGCGACAACGUGAUCCUGCAGCAGCUGUCGGUCGCCUACUUUCUCGCCGAGGUCCAACGGGCGACGGGGCAGUCGGGCUUUCCGCACCUGUCGGCCUGGGUGGCGCGCCUGCUGGCUCCGGUCGUCGAGGCCUUUCAUAACCGCGACCGGCGCAAGGCUGCGGCCGAGGCCAUCGAGAAAGCGGCGGCCAGCGGCAAUCUCUUGGCUCUCGCCCGGGCCGCGGACGAUCCCGACGCGCGCCAAUACGACGAGACCGGCUUCGCCCAGGCGCGCGCCGAGUACGCCGCCAUGGCGCAAGAGAUCGCCGAGCUGGAGUCCGGCAAGCUGGUCGAUCCCGCGCAUGUGCGCUUGCGCAGCCGCCAAGCGUCCUCGCUGGUUGCCGGCUGUGCUCUCGGGGCGAUCUUCGCCCUGCCGAUUCUGGCCGUGCUGCUUCCCAGCCUGCUGGUUCUCUCGGUCUGCCUGCUGCCGACCCUGGGCGCUUACGUCGCCGACCGCUAUCGCGACAAGUCGCUCGCCAUCACCGUUGGAUUGCUGAACAUCUGCGGCGCCCUGCCGGCAUUGGGUCAGCUCUGGUCGCGCGGUCAGACGCUGAUCGCAGCGGGCGAGGUGUUGGGCGACGUGUUCCUGUGGCUGCUCGCCUAUGGCGCAGCCGGCGUGGGCUGGAUCCUCUUCUCGAUGAUGCCCCCGGUCGUCAUGACCUACCUGAGCCUCAGCGGAACGGCGCGGGCUCAGGAGCUCCGCGAUCGUCAGGAGAAGCUGAUCGAGAUCUGGGGCAAGGAAGUCGCCGACCAGGACGACGGCGAGGAAGAG